AUGGGUGAGAACAACUACAAUCUCAUCAUCCUCUCUCUGUCAUUACUCACUCUAUCCACCUUCUUCUACCGGCUCACCCGCCGCGGUUACUCCACCGUAAAAACCCCAUGUCCCCAAUCCUACCCACUCAUUGGAAACCUCAUUGGGUUCCUUCGCAACCGCCAUCGCUACCACGAUUGGGUCACGGACAUGCUCUCCGCCUCCCCUACGCUCACUUUCCGAGUCAACGGCUUUCUCGGCCUCUCCCAAAGUAUUUGCACCGCUGACCCCACCAACAUCGAAUACAUACUCGAGUCCGAUUUCCGUAACUACAUCAAAAGCAACCGUUACACGUCCGUCAUGCAAGAACUCCUUGGUAGUGGCAUCUUUAAUUCUAACGGCCUCCUCUGGGCGUCCCAUCGCAAAAUCACUGGUCCUGAAUUCGCCGUCGUAUCACUUAAAACCUUCAUCUCCGACAGCGUCCAAUCGCAACUUUCGAAAUCAUUAAUCCCUUUACUUUUAUCCGCAGGAUCAAAUACUUUUGACUUACAACAUGUCCUUCGGAAAUUCAGCUUUGAUACCAUAUGUAACGUCGUCUUUGGGGCUGACCCGUGUAUUUCUUUUGUUCAAGCAUUUGAUGAAGCGGUUGAACAUACGUCCAACCGGUUCAUUUCACCAUUUCAGGUGGUGUGGAAGUUAAAGAGGUUUUUCAACAUCGGGGACGAGAGGAAGUACAAAGAAACAAUUAAAACCCUGAAUCAAUUCGCUAUGGAUGUGAUAGAUUCUAAAGACGCGCAAAAUGGUUGUGAAACCGACAGAGAUUUACUGUCGAGAUUCAUCGUUUUCAGUUUGGAUAUGGGGUUUGAAGACGAAGAAAGGAGAAAUUUCUUGAGAGACACUAUUAUCAACUUUGUAUUUGCUAGUAAAGAUCCAACUUCAACUGCACUUACAUGGUUUUUUUGGUUAUUAGACGGACACCCGCAUUGUAAACACAUGAUCCACAAAGAAUUAUCUAUGUUAACGGCAUCAUCUCCCGAUAUUCGCCCACUAAAUCUCACCUUCGACGAUUUGAAAAGUCUGAAUUACCUGCAUGCUGCUCUAUCGGAAUCCAUGCGAUUGUUUCCACCCGUGCCCAUAAACUCUAGAUCGACGGUGGAUGAUGAUAUACUACCUGAUGGUACAUUCGUACGAAAAGGGUGGUUUGUUGAUUACUCGGUUUAUGCAAUGGGAAGAAUGGAGAGUUUGUGGGGGUGUGAUUGUAGAGAAUUUAAACCCGAAAGAUGGCUGAAUGAUAAUGGGGUAUACCAGCAAGCGUAUGAUCCGUUUGGGUAUCCGGUUUUUAAUGGUGGGCUUAGAUUGUGUAUGGGGAAAGACUUGGCUUACUUUCAGAUGAAGUUAGUGGUUGUGGCUGUUAUGCAUGAGUUUGAGAUUGAGGUGGUUGGCGGCGGUGGGACGCCGGAGAGAAUGGUGGAUCCGCCGUAUAGUUUAUCUCUUCUUUUGAAUAUGAAAAAUGGGUUGCCUGUAAGAGUAAAGAAGAGACAACAAGUUGCACCAGUAAUGUUGCAAGAGUUGAGGAUGGAAGUGUGA